AUGUGUCGAUGCCUGUCUGUUCGUCGUCCGAUACAGCUGACGAAGAAGGUGUUAAAAGAGUCGAACAAGUUCCAUCUGCUGAUCGGCUGUACUGGUAGCGUAGCAGCCAUGAAACUACCCGAACUGAUCGGCGAGGUGCGAGGCGCGUGUCCGAUUAGCCAGGAUCAGGUGGACGUCCGAGUGGUGGCCACAGAAAAGGCGUCUCGGUUCUUCGAUGCUGACUCGCUGCAAAUCCCGGUGUUCACCGACGCCGAUGAGUGGAGUAGUUGGCGGGGCAGAGGCGACAUGAUCCUGCACAUCGAACUGCGUCGAUGGGCGGACGUUUUAGUCAUUUCGCCGCUGGACGCCAACACGAUGGCUAAAAUUGCCAAUGGCCUGUGCGACAACCUGCUGACGUGCGUACCGCUUUACUUUUGUCCAGCGAUGAAUACGUUCAUGUGGGAACACCCGCUCACCUACAAGCAGAUGGACGUCCUGAAAAAUUUGCUCGGUUUCAAGGAGAUACCGUGUGUCGAAAAGGAGCUGAUGUGCGGCGACCGCGGCUAUGGUGCCAUGGCUAGCGUGCCGAUGAUCGCGUCGGUGAUCGCCAGCGAGAUCAAGAAUCAUUUUGCCAUCUACACUGGCUAA